AUGAGCUCAGACGAGCAAAACGAAGAAAAGAAGCCACUACCCAUUCGUUAUACUGAAACAAUUGAGGAACCAGUUCCUGCACACAAUCCACCAAUAGUAUAUAAGCCUUUAAAACCUCGAGAUCUGUUCGAGAAAUAUCGUGAUGAAAUCACUAGCAAAGUUUACAAAGUUUGGCCCAAAGUAGAAAAAGACUUUACAUUAGAACCAUAUCAAGCAAAUUUUUAUUAUUAUGAUUAUGGCGGCCAAUACAGAUUUAUAUGCGAUUUACCGGAUGGACGACCUACAUAUGUAACAAUCACUGAGUCGUUCGAAAAAGAAGAUGGAGAACUAGCUAAUGACGAGACAGAACGACGACGACGAUUAAUCAUUAGUGUCAGCUGA